AUGAAUGCAGAACAUGAAGCUGUCAUGAUAGUAACACGAUACAAUACAUCCACUCUUCCACAAUCGAUUACGGCUGGAUACCUCAAUGUACCUGUUGAGCCCUUUGUUCUGAAUCCCCUUCGCUGUUUCAAGUGCCAGAAAUAUGGUCAUGGCCAGAAUGCCUGUCGAGGUAAACUUACAUGUGCUCGUUGUGGUCAGUUUGACCACGACAGCAAAAGAAGCCAACAGGACCUUCUGUGUAUAAACUGCAAGGGAGAUCACUUCACUUACUCGCGAGAGUGUCCGAGGUGGAAAGUGGAAAAGAGAGUUCAACAGGUUAAAGUUAAGAAACGUUUAACCUUUGCUGACGCCAGAAAACUGGUGGAGAUUUUACAACCUGCCACAGCAGCAAAAUCAUAUGCUGCUGCAGUGAAGGUUUCCAGCAGAAGCAUAUCUGUCAAUACUGAUUUGACAUGGCCAUACAAUGAGGUUACGUUUAAAAAGCUCUCUCAUAGAGAGAAAACAGUUAAGCAAGCUGCAAAAGCUGUUCCGCAGCAGAAUGAAGCUACCCAGAAAAAGAAAAAUGUUUCUACUGUUUCAGCUUCUACCAGUAUGACCCAGGUAUCUUUGGAUUCUCAGAAUCCACUAGGCAAGCCGAGUGCUGGGGUACCAGUCCCCAGUCUCGCAGGGAAAGAUACCAAGAAACAAACUAAGGAUUGUCGUUCGGGAUGA